CAACACUAGGAGUAAUACAGUACUAGGCUAAGAGGGCAAGACACAGUCAGCGAUUGGUUAGUUUUGGAACAGUCGGAAACUUCUGGACGGAAGUAAGCGUCUAUUUAUGUAAGUAUAAAACAUGGAAGACGAGCAGACGAUUCUUCUCACACCCACACAGAAGAAGAGUGAUAUUUUGCAGUCUGAUCUGGCGAUACUAGAUCUACGUCACGAAACCAGGCCAACACACACGCGAGGGCAGAGCAGCGAAGCGGCCCAUAAUAUAAACAUUCGUAGGAGUGUGCCAGUUUUCCGUAAUUCCAAAUCGUUUAGUACUUUAACAACGAACCUCUGUGCGGAUUCUAAACUAGCCCCUACUAGCUCGCCAGUAAAGUAUUCGGAGUACUGCUCUUCAACGGAGGAAAUCAAUAAUCUCAAUUCACUAGUGGGACUUAACAAUGCCGGUGUUACAAAGGUGAAAAGUGUCUCACGUGAUUUAAAUUCGAAACGUGAUUUGGACUCUUCGCUUCUUUCAGACUUUGGAACCAAACAAGUUGAAUCUCCACAGAUGGGCAUUCUACUGCCUGCAGAUGGUCCCUUUCUAAAGAAGACGGAGUCACCUAAUGCAUUUCGUUUUGAGGACGAAGUGUGCGCUAUGGACAGUGUCGAGUCACUGCAAGCAACUGAACAACAAUUUACCGAUGACCCUUUUGUUUCCAGUGGUUUCACAUACACCCAGGAAGAUUCUAACGGUUUUACGUGCACAGACUCUCAGACUUCUCAGGCCGAACCGUUUUCGGAGAGUAAAAAUAUUGUUGGCAAAGACCAAUCUGAACUCAAUUUGAAAACGCAACCAGAUGUUUUAAGCCACAAAGACGUUUGUGACCCCUCCGCGGAAUCUAAAAUGAUGUCCGCUCAGGCAUCCACUUUAGGAGAUGUCCAUAUCCAGAGACCUCUUCCUUUCGCCAGCUACACAGAUGGCAGACCGCUCUACACGCGGCAGCUGAGCAAACGAAAAAGUGACACUCUAGAAACUUGCGCGCCGCUCGAAACUGACCACGUCGCGUUGCUUGAUGGGAAUUUUGAGCGCCAAGAAGAGGACGAAGAUGAUGAUGAUGAUGAAGACGACGAUGACUAUCACUCCUGCGGGAGGCUGAGCAGCUCCUGUACACCAACGCUGCCCAAAUCUAGGCGCUUGGAAGACUUUGAUCCAUACCAAAUAUUUCAGGUUCAACACUCAGCAUGUCUUAUCUUGACUGUCAGAGUCAUCAGAGGCAGAAAUAUUACUGUUGGUGUCUUCAGAGAUUAUUUCGAUACACCAGAUCCAUAUAUCAAUCUGGUGAUGAAGAAUUCACCUGAUGGCAAAAAAUGUACAAGCAUAAAAGAAAACUGUGUCAAUCCAGAGUGGAAUGAAACGUUCACAUUUUUUCUAAACUUUACCCACUCCAAUGUACUUGAGAUCAGUUUAAUGGAGUCAAAUUAUGUUCUAUAUGAUAUAAAUGUUGGAACAGAAAAGUUUGACAUUCGUAGAAUUCGAGUGAUGGAGCAACCACAGUAUGAAACAAUCACUUUUAAUGGUGUUUCUGAAGUUGAUAUGGAAUUUAAAUUAGAAUUUGAUCAAAACCCAACCUUGAGAUACAGCUUGUGUUUGAGUGAUGCUGAGAAACAGUUUCUUGCACAAAGAAAAGAACAAGUCCUAAAAGGUGUCAAAAAGUUGUUUGGUGAUAGUGACCUACCAAUCAGUGCCAAUGAGGUGCCAACAAUAGCUGUCAUUGGCUCUGGAGGUGGAUUUCGUGCUAUGACUGGUUACAGCGGGGUAUUUAAAGCACUAGUAGAAUCAGGAGUCUUAGAUUGUUCAACUUAUGCGUGUGGUCUCUCUGGUUCAUCUUGGUUACUGUCAACACUAUACUCUCAUCCCAAAUGGCCUAACAUUGACAUGAAUGAGUUUCUGGAAGAGCUGAAAAACAGCAUAGAUAAAAGUUUAUUUCGUUUUUUUAAUGCUUCUACAAUUUUUAACUAUGCCAAGUACAUGGUACAGAAAAGAAGGGAAGGGCAGCCUGUGAGUUUUACUGAUAUCUUUGGCAGGAUGGUGGGAGAAACACUAUUGAAUGGGAGGAUGGAGUGCACUCUAAGUGACCAGCGGGAAAAAAUCAAAGGAGGCAACAUUCCUAUGCCGCUGUACACUUGUGUACAUGUGAAGAAAGAUGUUCCAGCUAAAUCAUUCCAAGAGUGGGUAGAGUUCUCUCCCUAUGAGAUUGGCAUGCCAAAAUAUGGAACAUUUAUGGAUUCUGAACUUUUUGGAAGCAAAUUUUUUAUGGGAAAGCUAGUCAAGAAAUAUGAUGAGCAGCCAUUACACUUUCUUCAAGGUAUUUGGGGAAGUGCAUUUUGUGUGCUGUUUCGUCGACUGCUGGAAGAUAAUCGGCGUAUGGACCCAGCAGAAAUGAUGAGAUUAGAGAUGGAUAAACAGCAAAAGAAGGAUGAGCAUGAACUUGACCAGACAGAAAUGAUACGACUUGAGAUGGGCAAAGAGCUUGAAGAGGAAGGUGAGGAUAGUUCAAGUGAUCCCAGUGAGGAUGAGGAGGAUGAGGAUGAUGAAGACAGUUCUGGCAGCAGUGACAGCAGCAGUUUUGAUACUGGGGAAAACCAGAAUGUACCACAGUCAAGUGGCAACUCUGGGUUGGAAAAUGUUUUCUUUCCUUCCAAUGGAAAUGUGUCGAUGAAAGAUGUGGACCAGGACUCGGCUUACAAUGGGGAGAGUGAUGAGGAUGAUAUGCCUCGAGUGGCUAGAGAGGUGAAAGUAGAGCUCAAGCCUCCUCAGGUUGAGAAAGAAAAUCUCCAAGGGUCCACUUCACUGACCAGCAGUUUGAGAAAGUCCAGCUUUGACCCCAAUGCCCCUAAACAGGAAGUGUGUAGUAAAAAAAGUGUCAAUUGGGGUGAACUUCCCACAAGAGAAAACACAAAUAUUCAUGAAAAGAGACAAGCUUACACCAGAGCAGGGUCUUCAUUUAAAAAAUCCAAAGGGGCUUCUAAAAGUUAUUGGAAGAAGUUGAUGCAAGGAAUCUUUGAAAGCAAUUCCUGGGAGUUUUUGACCACAAGGCGUGGCCGUGCUGCUGUGAUACACAAUUUUAUGAGAGGUCUGAACCUUCAGCAGACGUACCCACUCUCUCCCUUCACACCUUUGGAAGAGAGGGUCAAAGAAGGAGAUGUCUUUGAUGGUAUAUUUGAAAUGCACCCAACCAACAUCAAGCAUAUCUACAUGGUGGAUGCGGGACUUACAUUUAACUCCCCUUACCCUCUGGUGUUGCGACCUCAAAGACAGAUAGACAUCAUUCUUUCUUUUGACUUUAGUGCCCGAGCCACUGAUAAUACUCCUCCAUUCAAGGAACUGAAACUUGCUGAGCAGUGGGCCAAGUUGAAUCGUCUGCCCUUUCCUCCUAUAGACACUAGUGUGUUUGAUAGAGAAGGCAUGAAGGAGCUGUACAUAUUCCGUCAUCCCAACGACCCGCAUUGCCCAAUUGUGUUUCAUUUUGUUCUCAUCAACAAGACUUUUAAAAACUACAAAGCACCAGGCAUUCCAAGAGAAACAAAAGAGGAAUUUGACUUUGCUAACUUUGAUGUUUUUGAUGACCCUAAAGCUCCAUUUUCAACAUUUAACUUUACAUACACUCAUGAGAACUUUGAGAGAAUGAGUCAGCUGAUGGAGUUCAACACACUAUUACACAUAGAGGAGAUCAAGCAGGCUAUGAGAGAUGUAAUCAAAAUAAAGCGUGAAGGUCCUUCAAGGAGGGUAAUCAAUUCUGAGGAUAUCAAAUUUCUGCGUCUUAAAAGUGUACAAGAAAUGCGCAAGUUGAAAAAAUUUAUCAGCAGAAUGGAAGGAUCCUCCAAGAACUCCAACAGCACCCCAUCUCCCCAGUUCUACACGCCACAGCCUCACUUGAACUCCAUCAAUCCAUUUUUUGGCAUAGCCAAAGCUUCAGGGUCAGAGAACAUGUUAGAGUCUACAUUAUCAACUGACUAUUCCGGGCAUAAACAUCAAAGUAUAAGCCCAAGAAACAGCUAUCAUACAGUUAACUUUGAUGAGACAGAUAGUUGUCCUGAAGAACUAUCUCACAGGCGGAACUAUUUGCUGUCAUCUUCAUCUUGUGAAAGUGAAAGCAUCUUUGGGACCCCACCUCAGAAUAGUGACCAUCUUCAGAAAUUCAUUCCUGGGUCUGCAUUCCACAAGGAUGUAAAUAAUGACUCAGGCUUGUCCUCCCCUCCUCCUCAACAUGAGGUAUUUGCAGCUACUGAAAUUCCAUUAAUGGGCAACAGUCCCAAAUUGCCAUCUCCAGAACUGACAGCUAGCCAAGUAAUGGGCCCAAAAAAUACACAUUUGAAUCGAUUGAAUUUCAUAGCAGAAGACUCUGGGGUGAGUUCAUCCUCUAUACAUACUUCCCCUAUAGACUUCCCAUUGCAAACUAAAGCUAGUAAAGAUAGCCCUCCUAAUCCAUUCUUUGCUCAUAUGAGAUCUUGUACUAGCCUCUUAUCUUCAUCUUCAUCAUCAUCUAGCUGUGACACUUUGAAAAGAACAAAAGGAAAGUCAAGAUCUCAUUGUUCAAGUGACUCCUUGUCAAGACCAGUGGCUGUUAAAAAUAGCACUAGUCCACUAGUGCAACCGCCAGUGGGCUUCUCACCACAAGUCUCUGUUGAUGUCUUCACUAUUGCGCCAGAAGCUUUCAAAGCUGAUGGCACACCAGUUACAGACACCAAAGAGGCAAAGAUGUAUUAUGAGAGUGCCAAAGCCAAAAGAAAGCUCCUUCGACGUCAGAGCACCAUCUCAUCUCUUAACAGCAUUUCACUGGAUGAGAUCUGCCAUCUUGACAAAGGUCAUGGGGAUGAGAUCUGCCCUCUUGACAAAGGUCAUGGGGAUGAGAUGGAAGAAAGUGCCCACCCAGAUCAAAGCAAAGGAAAUAAAACUACAGAUGAUUCUGUAGAAAUGUCUGCAGUGCACAUGCCCCAAGAUCUGCAGAAUUUCGAUGACAUAAAAGAUCUCUCUGUGUUUAGUGGAACUAUUGAAUGAAAAGAGUUUUUACUUCUAUCAAGCUGUUCCAAAUGUUUUUGAUUGUACUAUUAUUUGUGCAUAAAACAUAAAUACCAUGCUAUAAAUUAUUUCAUGCAAUAUAUGUUCCACGAAGGCCUUCCAUUACACAUUUAUUUAUAAUGAGUGUUUAAGGUAUAACUUGAUGUAAAAACAUGUUAAAAGUCGUCUAUGCAUAAGCAAAGUAUGUGCCUUAAGGGAAACUUUCCAGUUGUGUUCCCUCAAGCACAAUUUAAUUAUGCUCUGGCCAGAACAGUGGCCAUAUAUUUGUGAUAUUCCCUGUUAAUACUCUUGUGUUAUCAGCUAUUUGUAUAUUUAUUGAUAUUACUUCUAUAUAUCUACAUGACAAUGCAUUUGUUGUAGCUUUUUUUUUUUUGUAACAAAAAUCCAACACUAUAUCAGCUUACAGCUAUUAUACCUUUUUUUGUUCCGUAAAAUAGUGCAAUCAGGAGGUAGACUUUUCUGAAAAUAAUCUGACUCUAAAGGAGAUACUCCAGUAUAGAACAUAAGAGACUACUACAAUAAAUUUUAUUUAUCUACUAAAAUAUAAACUAUAUUAACUUUGCUGAAAUAUUUUAUUAAUACUCUAAAAGUGAGUGAUAGCAAGCAUUAUCAUUGAAUCAAUUCCUAAUAGCUUUAGAGAUUCUCAUUACCUUUCAGAAAAGGGAAAGCACUGAAGAGAGACUUUGCUACCCAAUAUAAACACUAUGCACUAAAUUGGUACCUUGUUUUUUUUUUAUUUUCCACUUGUUCAUUUACUCAACUUGACUGGGUUGAUGUGGCAUUACUGCUGAGUGUUUCAUGGAUACCUUCCUACUGUUGUCAUGGAGCAAGUCAACUGACAGGUUGAUGCAACCAAAAAAUAUUCUCAUUUUCUUUUUGUUGACUGCCUUCAUUUUAUUUUUAGCUCCAGGGAAACCCACACCACACUGUAUAUUUUUUUAAAUUUAUAUAUUAAAUUAUAUGUCUCCUUCUGUCUCGAAAGAUUAAUCGCUGACUUUGGUAUGGUCUUAAGACAGGGCAGAAUCUGGAGUGACUGAUCAAGCCAAUUCUGGAGUGGCAGAGUUUGCCACAGUUUGUGCAUAUUUAUGCAUCUGUCCUAGGGCUGGCUGACAAGGCUGCCUUCUUUCUCUUGACUGAUGCAGCUUCAGUUCUUUUGCUAAAAACUUAGCAUGCCCAUAACAUUUGAUAUUUUCUUUUUACCCUAGAGACAAAGGCUGCUAUUGCAUAAUUUGUAGCUAAGGAUAUUCCAAAAAAAAAAAAAAAAUUUUGUUCAAAUUGAUCUCCAGCUGGAUCAAUAAUUGUGUCAACUAUGUCUCAAUGAAAAGUUGUUGAAAAAAACCUGAAAUAAAAUGUUACACACACUUGA